UUUUUAAUUUCUUGCCGUUUUUAACCAUGAAUUUUUACAUUCCACAAAUUUCCAGAGGUGAGAAGUGUUCGGGUCCGUUGGACUGUAGCAAGAGUGUUGACGGGAGGUUCUGUUGUUACGAGAAUGGAUCGUGCUGUGACAAGGAUGCCUACUUGCAUAGCUCCAAGAGCUGUGACACGAACGUCAACUGUCCCACUGAUUCGGAGUUCUACUACUGCUGCGUCUCAACCAAAACUUGUUGCAGCUACGAAGCAUACCAGGAGGAGACCGACGCUCAGUUGAACCACAUGAUAGCAGCAUUCACAUGUGCCAGCUUCUUCCUCAUUAUGGGCGUGUGUGUUUGCUUCGCCUGCUGGAAAAUAUGCAGCAACCACUCACCCUCUGCCAGAUUAUUUCGACGUAGAGCGAGACAAGGCGAACCACGUCCAUCAUCUAGAAAUGGUCCGACAAGCGGUCGUAUCCAGCCCUACUUCUGCGAUACGAGUAUCAACAUAGUGAAUAUAACGACGAAUGACGGAAGCGAAAACAUGUUCCAAGAACAUAACUUCCGAGGACGAAGGUACUUCAUAGAACUACCGACGUAUGACGGAGGAUGCGAUGCAGAGGCCGGUUCUCAGACACCGGAUGCGGAUAAUUUAAGAUUGAGUGAAACUAGAAGUCAGGGUCUGCGAACAGCAGUUACAAACAACCGAGUGGACAGACCCGAAGGCAACUGUUCCUCGGAGACUGAGGAGCCGCCUAAAUAUUCGCCACCUCCUCUGUAUGAUAUUUUGGCAACAAUUGCAGAAGCCGCAGAAGAAUCGAACGACGCUACUCAUUCCCCAUCCUUGCGAGACGCAGAUCUACACAAUGCGUUGCGAGAGCCGAGCUUGCAUACUCCCAUUCCUCCGAGAGACUCGAACGAUCGAACGGAAGCGGGCGAUUCCGUUAAGAGCACAGAUUCGGAUGAAGAAAAUCUGCUCGAGAUUCAGCCUUUGGUUUUCGAUACCUUUUUAUUAACAAAUCGUGUUCCUUCGCUAGAAUCUAUCAAUGUGGAAGCUCCGAAGAUCGAUGAGGCUUCUAAUACACCUAAGAUUGAGGAGUAAAUUGAUUGUAAAUUAUAUGGAUUUUAAUUUGAUUUUGUACCUUCAAUAUGUGAAUAUAAUUAACCGUUUUUGCCAGGUCAAUUCGCAGUAUUACAGACUUCAACUAGCCACAGCAAAACGAAAAAAUGGAACGUCAUUAAGGUUGUCGCAAUAACGCAAACAAGCUUGCCAAAUUGAUUUUUCGA